UGAUCUUAGAUCCUGAUUCUAGAUUAUGACAUCUUCUGUCACCUGCAGGUGUACCUGUGUUGGUUCUCUUUCACACCUGUCCUGACUCUGAUUGUGUGUUUGUGUGUGCAGGUUGUCUGGUGUGUGUCCUGCAGUUCUCCAUGGUCACGGAGCGCUUCCUGCAGUCAGAGUUCCCUUCAGUUGAUCAUCUGGAUCAGGAGAACUUCAUCACCUUCAGAGAUUCCAGGGUUUACCUGCAGUUUUCUCUGGACCACCUCCUCAUCCUCAGCCCGUCUGUCACCAUGGUUACUUACCUGAAGCAUAAGGGGGAGGAGCCUGGAGAUGAUGUCACAGAUGAACAUGAAGACCAUCCGAAGGAGGAGCAGAGAUGGAAGAGGAAGAGGAGGGAGGGAAAUGAAGAUUCUUCAGACUCCUCCUCCUCUGAUGUCAUGACAGCAGUCUGUGUGGGCGGGGCCUCACAGUCCUGUGUUUCCAUGGUCAUCAGAGUGGAACAGAAAGGAGGUUUGGUCUGGAAGAACACAGAGGGGGCGGAGCUUCAGCUCUGCUUCUCACUCAGAGCUGCUGUGAUUGGUCCAUUGGUCAGCUGGAGGCGGGACCCUAAGAACAAACCGUUGACGGAGGAGGAGGCGGAGCCAGACAAAGAGCAUAAAGUGCAGCUGCAGUUCUCAGGUGUGUGUCCUCGAUGGUUUCCAGUCCUCCAGUCUGGACGUCUCUACAGAGUCCUGAUGGUUCAGGUUCUCUUUGAUCUCAGUUCCCAUGAAGCCUCAGGGAACAACAGGGCGGAGUUUCUCUCAGACUCCACCCUUCAGGUUGGAUCUGAUUGGAGGUUCCACACUCUACCACGCCCCCUGCUGCUGCCCUCCUGUCUACAGGCCACGCCCCCUGUGCUGUCUGUCAGUCAGGUCAUGGACAACAGAUCAGAGCUGGUUUGUUUUCAGGGUCAGAUCUCUGAAAGGAUCAGUGUGGAUGAUGGGAAUACAGAGCCUGGAAACACAGGUACAUACUCAGGUACACACUCAGGUACACACUCAGGUACACACUCAGGUAUAUGA